GGCCUCUUCGCAGCUUAAAAAAUGCGAAGCCCGCCGCCUCGACGAAGGUCCCUUUCUUGGAAGGGAAAGCAUAGUGGCAUAUUCGGCCGUACCUUGGGCGCAGUGCGACAUUUACAUGCUGCACGGCCUUACAGACCAUUUUUUGCUCUUCCAAAUUCUUCAAUUCGGUAUCGUGCUUCCCGAGGUGCAGUUUAUCCCAGACUUUACACUCAUAUGCUGGAUGGAUCAAAGUGCAUCUUCCCGAUGAAGCACAUGCAUCCCUCCCAGCGACAGGAUUUAUAACCGGCCUCCUUCCCAGAAUGUACGACUCCCGGGGGGUGGCAAGCUCACCAAUCCAUCAUCUUGGACUCCAUGCAGAAGAGUCUAGGGACGACCCACACGCAACGACUUGCAGUCUGAGGUGCAGUGCGCGCCGCUCCAAUCUUCAUCAGCCCAAGGCCGCGAUGGCGGAACAAGACCAGGAUGACCGCCAGCCAGAUCAACGCCCGCCAGCAUAUACCGGACCGUUCCUAUUUGUGAACAAGAACGCCACAAAUCUUAGGUCCCGCCAGCGAGAAGAGGUGUUUGCCGUGCGAAGCCAUGCCAUGCAGAUUGCCAGGCGAUCGAGAAAGCCGUCGAACCGGCCCAAAUCGUCGGAGCGGGAAAGCCAGGCUCAAUCAGAGUCGACGGUAAUACCUGCAAGUCCGAUGGCCCAGACAGGCGGUCCCAGUCCGACAGCCGAGCCCAUUCCAUCCAUCCAAAACAUCCUAGAGCAGCAGGCUAGAGGAGUCCUCCAAUACCAACAAAGGCAGUCGCAGAGACGCCAGCCAGACCAACCCCGAAGCCAGUCAGUGACGCAUGAAUUCCCAGCCUUGUCCCCAAGAUCCUCAACUCUCCCCCUGUCGACCUCCAACCUUCUCCCCGCUGAGUAUGCCGCCUCUUUAGCACACCUUAGCAGCACAGCCGCGUCGCCCGUGAUCCUGAUCCCAAGCAGCGGCGCUUCAGACCCCAGUGUAGCCGGACCGUUGUCUCCCGACACCUUUUUCAACUCGGUCCUGCAGUUUUGGCGACUGUGCUACAUGUCCAACUUUUGGCCUGCUCACAUCUACUUCAAUCCUUCGCACAGAGCAGUCCAAUUCACCGAUGGCUGGAUUCGGACCAUGGUCAUCAACAAUCCGGCCAUGCUGCACGGCCUUUUCUCGGGCGCCCUCAGCUACAUCACAAAUUAUCUUCCUCCGACAGACAAUACUCCGAUGCUGUGGGCCAGGGCCAUUCAUCAUUAUGGGAAAUGUCUCGAGGAAACCCGGGCUCAGCUCGCCCGGCCAGGUAUUGGCACUGAAGAAGCAUUGAGUCUGAUCCAUGGAAUGACGACGUUCAGUUUCCACUGCCACGAUCUGGAGAGCUGUCAGGUCCACCGUGCCGCCUCAAUGCGGCUUCUUCAAAGCCUCGAAAGAGGUCUCGAAGCGCUGCACCCGGUGCUGAAAUAUCUUCUGAUACUCUGCGACUCGCUCACAGCAAGCCACGUUCCAAGACGUCCGUCGAUGGACAUUGAGUCAUGGGCACCUAAGCCAUGGGCAGAAGAGCCAUCUUUGCGACCGCUUGAUCAUUUGUUCAGCUUCGACUCUCAUGUAUACGAGGAGACGGACAAUGCCAUAUUCCUCCUUGCCGACCACGGCGAGGACAACGACGGCACUCGGAAUCUGUUGGAAUUGAUCAACUGGCAUCGCGAAGCGUUGGCAGCAAAUGAACUAGCAUUCGCACUUGCAGACACGUCGGGCUCUCCAACCAUCUCCGACGAGGGUGGCCUGGACCGAGCCGACCUGAUAUACACAUGGCUGUCGCUACGUCAGUACGCCUUGAGCUGUCUCUCGACCCACAUGUAUAUGGACCUUCUCGAGUCGGAGGACCAUGAACAGUCGCUGUUGGCACAGAUGCUCCGUGUUUUCCACGCUAGCAUUGUGCUUGCCACCAGCUACAUGUUUCAGUUUGUCAUGCGGUACGGCAUGAAUGCUCCAAGCAUGGCAUACAUACCAUACCAUCACCUGCGCACAAGGUUGGACUUGCUCAUGGCGCUCAUGAGCCAGUAUAGACGCAUACAAGCGUCAGGCGCGGGGAAGAGCCGUAGUGGAAGAGGGCCAACUAACCCAGUUCCAACAGACGCCCUUCUUUUCCUCUUCUUCGCUGGCGCUGUCGUCGAGGAAUCUGACGGCCCAAAUCGAGUCCAAACCCCACACCACAUCACAAGGCCAGGCGUGAUCCCUUCGCCUUCAGUCGAGCAUCCAGGGGAUAUCAUCAAUGAGCGUUGGUUUAGCGUGCAUUUCGCGAUGGUGCUGCAAAGAUUGAACAUUGAAGCGUGGGAAAAUGUCAGACGAGUUCUGAAGAGGUUUGUCUACGCUGAGAGAGUUCUGGAUCGAUUUUUGCAGGUCCUUGUGACCAGGAAGCUCGAGUUUUUGGCGGCUCUGGUUGUGGGAGUGCCAGAUCAUGUUCCUGCCGGCGGUGUUGGCUUUUUUGGAGAACCGGGAGUGGCAGGGCCAACCAGGCAGGGGACAAGUUCUUCUUCGCAACGACGACGACGACCAUCUCGUCAGUCAUCCUUUCAGAUGCCCGCGCAACACCAAGCACCGCUUCAGCCAGCGGGAACAUCGGUACCGACGACAUUGCCUCUAUCACCGUCGAGUCCCAACCUCGAUGAUGGUCUUGAUUCCUUGCCCUUAUUUGGUCCUACACCAGUCUCCCUCUCGGCCACCGUGCCUAACACUGCGGCUGACUGGUGGCAAGACAUGGGGUACGAAAUGGGGGUCCAAGAAGACUUUUCAAUGGAUCUGGAUAUGCAGUUGAGUAUGGGAACGGGGUUGGACACGCUUUCUGAUAUGCAGAUGCACGGUGAGGAUCUGGGCGGGCACGAAGAAAUGCCGGAUGAGGAAAGGCACGAGCAAGGCUGAGGCGAGGAGGAAGCUGCACGGCCGGCUCUGAGCCAGAACGAGACGCAGUCCCUAAAGCUCUUCGUCCCGAUUCAGGAUUGAGGGACCGGAAACGGUCAGAGGAGGAAGGCUGGUUUUCCGAUUAGGCUUGGGUUUUGUGUGCUGACGCGCGGUGGAUUAUUCGAGGCACGUACCAGGCACAGUCGAUGGCGUUCGUCGUCCACGCUGCUGGGGACCGGAGCCCUCACAGGUACGCAGGUCUCGUACUGUAUUUCGCAUCAAUCGAAUCAUUGCUAUGGCUCUCAUGGUGGCUGUUGAAGAAUUGAGGCGGCCAUGGGGAUCACGUGCAAGGCUUGGUCAUGUGAUCGGUGGGUUUUGCAAAUGACCUUUGAGUUCGGCCACUUUAUCCCACCAACUGCGCCGUUAAUCAUCUCUUUUCAUCGUUUUCGAGACAGG